AAUACGUGGAUGAUAUUUUAAUACAACCAUUGACUUUCUCGGGUGGUACUAGAUCAGCUGAAGUACGUAGAGGCGUUACUAAGCAACGCUUCUAUAUCUGUGAUCACAAUACCCUUCGUACUUGUACUAGUGAUAGAUGGUAAUUGAUGGUGCAAAGCGACUAGGACGUAGCGUUAUUUAUUUAUAAUUAUAUACAUUAUUCUGGAGUUGGAGGAUUUACUUAAAAACGUUAUUCUGUUUAUUUUCAAGCCAGUAUGGUUGAGACUGAAGAAGAAAGAGCUUUCAGCACUCCAGAACCUCCAGUAAAUGGGAAUGCUGACUUGGAGUUUGCUCCUCCAUUUAUCAGUUCCUCCAAUUUUCCUGUGCCUAUUAAUAAAACAUUUCAGCCACAAAUUCAACUGUAUCCAGUACGAUUUCUAGUACUACUUUUAUUCGUUUUGUACUCUAUGUCUAAUGCCUUUCAGUGGAUAGAAUACUCUAUUAUUACAAAUGUGAUUGCUUUCUAUUAUGAUGUGGGUAGCUUCUCCGUAAAUUGGACAUCUGUGGUAUAUAUGGUAACAUAUAUUCCUCUAAUUUUUCCGGCAUCUUGGUUAUUGGACAAGAAAGGACUACGUUUUGUUGUCGUUAUUGGCUCCUUUGGAACCUGUUUAGGAUCUUGGAUAAAAUGUGCAAGUUUGUCUCCAGAUCGUUUCGCUGUCACUAUGUUUGGACAGACCAUUACAGCAAUGUCUCAAGUGUUUAUUCUUGGCAUUCCUCCUCGAUUAGCUGCUGUGUGGUUUGGGGAAAAUGAAGUUUCUCGAGCAUGUAGUGUUGGUGUUUUUGGAAAUCAGCUUGGAAUUGCUCUAGGGUUCUUACUUCCACCUUUUCUUGUACCUAUAAGUGAUGAUAAAGAGAAAGUUGGCUAUGACCUUGGAAUUUUGUUUUAUGGAGUUGCAAUCUUUACAACUCUGUUGUUACUAGUUAUUUUAUUUGCUUUCAAGGAUAAACCAUGUCAUCCACCAAGUGUAGCGCAAGCCUUAUCAAGCAAUCAAGAAGAAAACUACUGGCAUUCAGUUCUGCGGCUGGUGAAGAACAUAAACUAUAUUAUCUUACUGGUUACUUAUGGUAUCAACGUAGGAGUGUUCUAUGCUCUUUCUACAUUGCUUAAUCAGAUGGUUCUUUAUCAUUAUCCUGGAGAAGAAACAAAUGCAGGUUGGAUUGGACUUCUCAUUGUAUUAGCUGGUAUGAUUGGGUCUGUUGUGUGUGGUUUCAUUUUGGAUAAAACACAUAGGUUCAAAGAAACAACCUUUGUAACCUAUUUUUUGUCCCUGGUGGGAAUGUUGGUUUACACCUUCAUACUUCCUGCAGGAAACAUCUGGCUGGUGUUUUUAAUAGCUGGGUUCUUAGGGUUCUUUAUGACUGGUUACCUACCAUUAGGGUUUGAACUGGCAGCAGAAAUUACUUAUCCAGAGUCUGAGGGCACAUCAUCAGGAUUACUAAAUGCUUCUGCCCAAGUUUUUGGGAUUCUGUUUACAUUAGGAUCAUCUUGGGUGUUUGAGAAUUACAAAGAUUUAAUUGCAAAUGGAGUUCUUUCUGGAAUGUUGUUAAUAGGAACCAUAAUGACAGCUUUAAUUAAGUCUGAUCUACGACGUCAAAAUGCUUCAGAGAUGGCUUCAAGAGAAAACUCAUCUGGUCAGCUUAUAAAUAACAAGUUCUGAUGAUUGAGAAUAUUUAGUUAUAUAUGAACAUAAAGCCACUAAUAGCCUUGAUUUACUGCUUAUUACUAUGCAAAUGACAUUUAAUUUCAAAGAAAAAUUUUUUAACAUCUAUCAAGACAGCAUUCAUUUCACAAAAUGCCUUACAUUUUAUUAGAACGUUUUUAUCUGAUUUUCAAAUCUAGUUUUUUGUUGAACACAAAGUGUUAUUAUUUUAAAGUGACUAUAUAUAUAUGAUAAUUUUAUAAGUUUUGUGUUUGACAUGAUUUUUAAAAAGACUAUAGGACAAAACUAUAAUAAGUUAAAAAGAUCUAAGUUUAAAAUUCUAUACAUUUUUAUUUUAAGGUUUAAUAUGCUUUUGCUGAAAUGUUUUUGAAGAUGUAUUUGAUUAAUUCAGUAUAUAUAUAAUAUAAUGUGUGUAUAUAUAUACAUUGUUGGAAAAAUAAUUUAUAAAGUGAAUAGAAUACAAAAAAACAACUUGUAUGUCAGGGUUGCCAGAUUUAUACAGUGAUAGUCCAAAGAUAUCUCAAACUAACCUAAUUAUGUGAAACCAAAUUGGAUUUAAACAACAAAUUAAGGUUGUUUAUCCAUACAUCAUUAUUAGCAUUACAUACAAUAGCAUGAAUUGACUUCCAUGAUCAUGCUCAGUGGAAUUUUUGGUCAUGCAUAACAUGAAUUUAUUAUGCGUGGGUGUGACAACUUUGUCUUGUUACUGGAGUGUUUUACUUUAAUGUGGGCAAACUGCAAAAGUUGCAGUCAUGUAAAUUGUUCAAUUUAAAUAAUUUUAUGACUGUGUUAUUCACCUUUAAUGAAAAAACAAUAAAUAUGUCUCAAUAAAGUAGCUACCCACAACUCCUGGGUAUUUGCUAUGGCUAUCAUUUUCAAGUAACUCAAUUUCUCAGAAAAACUGCAGACCUGUACACAUCUUUGUGUCCUUUUAAGGUUGUCUGAUAGAACUAGUAGUUAUGACAGAUAAGCAUUCAUGGACUUCUUUAAACUUGAAAUUAAUUUUUAAUUUUUCUGUCAACUGUUAAUAACUUAACAUUACAGGGUUAUUAGAAGGUUAGUUGGCCUGUUCUAACAUCGUAUACAAUACUUGGAAGACAAAGUAAUAAUUGUCAUUAGGAGGUAUUGAUCAUGAACUUUUAACAGAUAACAUGGCAAUAGUGUUUGGUUUGACACCAGCCGUGUCUACUGUUGUUUGCACUUGUAAGAGAACAUGACAUAUACUUGAACAAAAAUGUUUUAAUUCCAACAGUUGCACUUGACGUUGUAUGCUAUCUUUCAGGUCUGUCAGUAUAGUGGGCACAUCAUAAUAAACCAAUUAUUUGAGGGGACUCAUAACAAACAUUUGAUGACAGUGAGACCUGGAGACUAUGCUGACCAUUUGUGUGAAAAAAUCUCAGCUGAUUACUCGGUACCCAAAAUAUUCCAGAAAUAUUGUGAUAGACCUUACAAGGUUGGGUGGAGUACCACCUUACAUGAAGACUGUUUUAUUUAAAUACACCUCUUUCUCGAAAUAUAGGAAAGUCAAUAUAUUCCACCAUGGUUUGCUAGUAUUCUCUUUCACUGUGCAAGUUCCAUUAAUUAUAAGUUUUUUUUAAGAAAUUACAAAAUUGCCCAUGCAUCCAAUCUACUCUAUAACCUUCUGGACAUUUUCAAAGGCAUAUGGUUUGUUUUCUCUCCAUUCAAACAACUGUGAAUUGACCUGGUCAAGGAAGGUAAGUUGAGCCUUAUAAAUUCAUAAGAUGUGGUCUAGCCAGGUAUCAUCAAUUCCUCCUUAAGCUAAGAUUAUAAAUUAAAUUGUAGCAUUUUUUUACAUUUUGUGGCACCAGUUCAUAAGUUAUCUAUAUCCUUUAGGUUACAGUUUCACUGUUUUUCCAUUAACCUUCCAUAAUGUUGUUUGUGGGUGUCUGUUGUUUCCUGGCAACUUUGGUGGUACUGCAUUCAAUUUUGUUUAACUUAUGCCUUAUUGGUGCAUGGUUGGUAUCUGCUUUCAUGUCGAAAGGAUCUUAAUGCUACAUCUAUGUUAUCACCACUGCUGUAGCAAUGCUUUAUGAGAGCAAUUCUAAUGUCCCCAGUAUGCAAAUUUCACAGUCUGUGCCCCAGGUGACAUUUAUUACUGACACAGGAAUCUCCUUUCCCAACAUUUCAUUGGCUUGUCUACCAAAUAUUAAAUAUAUGAUUCUUAGUUUUCUCAACUUAUGGCCAUUAGAAUAGUCCAACUAACUUUAUAGUAACUGUACACUUUAAAAAUGUUCUUAAUACAGAGGUAUUGUUGAGAAAUAAUUUGUAUUUCUGUUACACACAGUGAUAAAAUGCCAUCUCGUGUAUUAUGCUCAUCGAUGUAACCACAGAGCAAGAAACUAAAUCAAACAGGCCUAGUGCUAACACUAUUGUAAUUCAUAGGAAGUUUAAUGAUUAAACAUAUUUUCAUUUGAUGGUGGUGUUGCAGAUUUUAAACAUAAGUGAUACUGACUAAUUCAUAAACAUGUUAUAAUUAGUUAAUUAAAGCUUUAGAUACAUCAAGGAGUAAUACAAAAUAUAUUUUAUCAUCACAGAAAUCUUAAAUUGAUGAUAACACACACACACACACACAGUCGAGUUUGUAAAAUUAUGUUAAAUUGAAUAAAUAGUUAAUUCAGUAAAAUUUUGGUUGAACAAGUACAGUUCAAUUGAUAGAGAAAUUGUAAUAUUCACAGGUUUAUUUGAUAAAAUUAUGGCAGAAUGUGUAUAAGUUGAAUUUAUGCACAAGUUAGUGUUAGAAAGAUGAUAUAGUGCAUAUAAGUUAAACUGAUAGAUUGAUGGUGGCAUGCUGACAUUAAUUUGGUAGAUUUGUGUAGCACAGAUGUAUAGUUUAUAGGUUGACUGAUCACUAUACAACUGAAAUAACUAUAGUUUUGUUUUUCUUCAAUUCAAGUACUAGCUUUUCAUCAACAUAUGUUAUACAUUGAUUAAAAUGUAAACAUGAUGGUGAUCUUUUUCUCCAAUUUACAGUUAUUUAAUAUGGAUAAAUGUAAGUAAGAAAAACGUAUAUAUGUUUUUCACUGUAAUUUUAUGCCAUUGCAAACUCAUGAAGCAAAGUUUGUUUAGUUUUUGCCAGUCUUUACACAAAAUGUUUUUUGUUCUGUGUAAUAAUUGUUUAGAAUUAUAAUAAAUAAGGUUUAGUUUAAAAGAUUUGUCAGCAGAUCUGAAAUUAAGAUAGAUUAAAAUUAUAGUUAAUAUUAUCUAGCCACAUAGUACAUGCUGAGCAAGCACCUUAUAAAAAAUUAAUUAAAAUCAAUAAUUUGGUUAUUUCUUCCACACAACUAGAUAUAUUAAUUACAGCAAUUAAGUAAAGUAUACAUAUAUUUUGUUUGCUAUCUUGUUAAAACCUGUGGAGUAGAUUGAACUGAGACUGUUAGUUUUUGUGUUUGCCAAUAGUUUUCAAUAAUAUACAUGUGCAUGUAUGUUAAUUUGCCUAAAAUAAUGAGAUUCGUAAAAGUAGCUUAAAGGAAAGGAACUGUUUGAAUAAGAGUCAUAAAAUGAUUUACUGGAGAAGAGUGGUUAUUAAAGAACGGUUAUGCAAGUAAAAGAAAAAAAGAAAUUCAUUUAUUGAGAAUCUUAAGAUAUUAUACAGGUGAAAAGGAACACAUAAUGUAGUUGAAAGGGAAAAAAACAUUUUGGUUGACAAUUUUAAAAUACUGUAUUGGGAACCUUUGACUCAGAGCAAAAUAGAAGGAAAGACACUGUUAGUUGUGAAACAUAAUGUAAAUAAAUUGUGCCUGCUUCUUAUUUGUAAUUACAAGUCAUGACAAAAAUAAAGUCAAUGUAAUUCAUGUUACCAUGCUUUUAAAGAAAUAACAACAUUAAUUCCUUUGAAAAAAAGGAACUAUUUAGUUUAGAAUUGUAACGUUAUUUUUAUGGUGUCAAAGCAUUGUUUUAAGAAAACGUUUGCCAAUAUAGUUGUUUAUAUAUAUAUUAUACUUUUUCUUUUUAUUUAUCUGAAUAGAACAAAAUUUUAUAUUAUAUUUAUAUUUAUUAUGUGCUGUAUUUUUAAGUCAUGUGUAGAGUACACAUAGAUAUGGUAACAUUGUUUGUCCUGAUGUGAUGAUGUUCAUUAAUAAAGAACUCGUGAAUAUUCAGUCAUGAUUAAGAUUAUGUAUUUUUAUUUAACAUCAUUAACUGGCUGUUUAGAGGAGACAUUAUAAAACUUAAAUAUCAAUACUGCAGAAAUCCAGUGUCAAAUCAUAACGAGGACUUACUUUCAAAAUUGUAAAAUAAGUAAAAUCUAGCUUAGUAAAUAAAGCCUAGCUUAACAUUAAAGUAUUAGAGGACAUAAAAAUUCAUGUGACUGAAUGUAAUUAGUAGGUGUCAACAUAGCCUGCAGAACGUGGAAGAUCACUUUCUGGUCUCAUAGAUACUACUAAAAUCAAAUCACAAGUAUUUGUAAAUUGUUUUUUUAUCUCUAAAAUGAAGAAAGUGUUUGAGCACAUGUAUUUAUUCUAAUUUUCUUGAUAUGGAUAUUGUGAAGAGUUAAUGGUCACAAGCCAACAGUUCUGUUCAGAAAUAAAAGCCACUUUAAAAUUUAUCAUGUAUAAUUGAUAUUUUGUAUCAAUAAACAUUUCAUUCAUUCAUUAUUGUGUGAAAUGAUCUGUUUUCAUAAUAAUGUAAAAAUUUCUGCCUCUGCAGA